AUGGGUGCUUCGGAUAUCCCACAGAAGGAGCUGGACUUUGAUCAGGUUGGCUUGGAGGCGGAUGAGAAGCAGGAUAUCACGCCGCCAUACGAACAGGAUGCUUUUGGAAAUGAGGAUUCGGCCGAGGUCAAAUACAAGGUCUUGAGGUGGUGGCAGUGUGGUCUGCUCAUGGUUGCCGAGACAGUGUCGCUGGGUGUUCUUUCUCUCCCUGCUGCUGUUGCGACCAUGGGUCUUGUGCCCUCUAUCAUCGUGCUGCUCGGCUUGGGUGUUAUCACAACCUACACUGGAUACAUCAUGGGUCAGAUGAAGUUGCGGUUUCCGUCGAUCACCACCAUGGCCGACGCCGGCGAGGUCAUUGGAGGCAAGUUCGGCCGCGAAUUCGUCGGUGCUUGCUGGAUCAUCUUCUUCAUUUUCAUCAUGGCCAGUCACUUGUUGACCUUCACCGUUGCCAUGAACACAAUCACCAACCACGGCACAUGCACCAUCGUCUUCGGAGUCGUGGGCAUGAUCAUCUCCUUCGUCUGCUCUCUCCCCCGCACCCUCGAGAAGAUGUCAUGGCUAUCCCUCGUCUCCUUCGCCAGUAUCCUAACAGCCGUGCUCAUCACCAUGAUCGCCCUGGGAAUCGAGAAGCCCGACGCCACCGUCGUCGCCAUCGCAAACACAAACCUCUACCACGGCUUCACAGCAGUGACCAACAUCGUCUUCGCAUUCUGCAGUCACGGUGCCUUCUUCGGUCUCAUGGCCGAGCUGCGCAACCCACGCGACUUCACCAAGUCCCUCUGCCUGCUCCAGGGCAUUGAUGUGUCCCUGUACCUCAUCGCCGCCGUCGUCAUCUACCGCUACGCCGGAGAUGGAGUCACCUCACCAGCCCUGGGCUCUGCCUCGCCCCUCAUCUCCAAGAUCGCCUACGGUAUCGCCUUGCCGACCAUUGUCAUCGCAGGUGUCAUCAAUGGCCACGUCGCAUUCAAGUACGUGUACGUGCGCAUCUUCCGCGGCACCGACCGCAUGCACAAGCGUGAUACGCUCGCCAUCAGCUCCUGGAUCGGUAUUGCCCUGGGCAUGUGGGUUCUGGCCUGGAUCAUCGCAUCCGCGAUCCCUGUUUUCAGUGACUUACUGAGCUUGAUUACUGCUCUCUUUGCUAGCUGGUUCUCUUUCGGUUUCCCGUCUAUCAUGUGGCUCUUCAUGAACAAGGGCGUGUACUUCUCGUCUCCCAAGAAGAUCGCCCUGACCAUGAUCAACCUGGCCAUCAUCGCUAUUGCCUUUGCACUAUGCGGUAUGGGUCUCUGGGUCUCUGGCAAGGCUAUCCAUGACAACCAGAGCACUGCCAGCUUCUCCUGUGCGAAUAACGCCUGA